AUGCCCGCGUGCUUCGACGACUUGUUUGGCGGAAAGAGACUCGACGUGAAAAUCUCCGCAAUAGAUGACGUGGCAGCCCGAGACACUUCAGCAGCCGCCCAGAUAUGGCUCCACCCUGCAGCGAUGACGGCUGAUGACGUGGCCGCGGGCGACAUGGUCGCGGUGGUGUGCAGCGAUUCCCAUUCCGCGCAGCCAAUCCCGCCGCUCCAGUUGGCACAGGAGGCUCUACAGCUGGCAACGCCUGAUUGGACGCAGCAUCCUGAUUGGCCGGCAAUCGCCGCCCGAUUACCCGGGCUGUACUGCGCGUUGGCCACCGUGUGGCCGGCGCCGAAGAUUCCCAAAUCCUGCUGCCGCCUCUCUUGGCAGCUAGCGGACAGCCUAGGCCGCCCGGAGGAAAGCACGCGCCUUUAUGUCUUCACUCUCAAGGCCGGACGGCAACAGAAUCUGAGCCUAAGUUCCCCACAAGCGCAUGGUGAACAGGCGGUCGUGCAGCCAAUCCCAUGCAGACAGCUGGCGCUGACGUGGCUGGAGCCGCUAGAUUGCAGUGCUGGUGCUGAUGGGGACAGUACCCCCUCCAAUAUUGCACGGCGCCUCGAGCCUAGAACGCCGGGCAGUGUGAAAAAUGUGUCGACUCCAGGUAGCGCUGACAGAGGCGCGGGCACAGCAGCAAGUGCAGCAACAGAUGCAACAGCAGCAGCAGCGAGAAUCCCUCUGCCGCCGUUCCUACUCACUCCUGCGGCCACCCUUAUUGGAGCGAGGGAGAGGGAAGGAGAGAGUGGCAGCUGCAGUGGAGAAGAGAAGGAAGGGGAGAAGACGGAAAAGGAUGAGGAUGGGGAGGAAGGGAGGGGGGGAGGGGCAGCGGCGGUGGCAAGGCGGGUGGCGGGGGACUUGAGGGGAAUCACGUUGGGGUCGGUGGGAGGGUUGGAGGAACAGAAGAAGGCACUCAAGGAGGCUGUGCUGCUGCCCCUCCGUCACCCGGACCUCUUCCACAGGUACGGCAUCAAGCCGCCACGCGGGAUAUUAUUGCACGGGCCGCCCGGCACUGGCAAGACGUCGCUGGCUCGGGCAGUGGCGGCGGAGGCUGGGGCGGCGUUGUUUGUCAUUAAUGGGCCGGAGCUUGUGAGCGAGUUCUUUGGGGAGAGCGAGGAGGCUCUUAACGAGGUGUUCUCUGCCGCCCAGGAAGCAGCCCCUUCUAUUGUGAGUUGUGUGGUGUGUUGUGGUGGGCCCAUAGACGGGCUGGACGCCACAGCCAGUGCCGCAAUCGUGAGCGAGUUCUUUGGGGAGAGCGAGGAGGCUCUUAACGAGGUGUUUUCUGCCGCCCAGGAGGCUGCGCCUUCCAUUCACCUGUCUCACCGCAUGGUGGCGGCCCUUCUCACCAUCCUGGAUGCCGCCUCCUCUCCCGUACUCCCCUCCACACCCCUCCUCACCCUUCCUGACCCCUUCUACCCUCCUUCUCACCCUUCGUCACCGCACAGCACCCAGGUGUUCAUAGACGAGCUAGACGCCAUAGCCCCUGCCAGGACUCGAGAUGCGGAGGACCUAUCUCACCGCAUGGUGUUCAUAGACGAGCUAGACGCCAUAGCCCCAGCGAGAACCCGUGAUGCAGAGGACCUCUCUCACCGCAUGGUGGCGGCUCUUCUCACCAUCCUUGAUGGCGCCUCCUCAAGCGGUGGAGAUGGGGGGGGGGGACAAGGCGAGGGAAGAGGGGGCGGAAGAGGAGAAGGGGAUGGAGGGGUGGGAGGGAAGGGAAGGAAGGCGGUGGCGUUGGGGAGAGGGGUGGUGGUGAUUGGGGCGACCAACCGAGUGAAUGCGAUCGAUCCCGCUCUCAGGCGACCGGGGAGGUUCGAUCGCGAGGUGGAGAUCGGCAUCCCCACUCCUUCCGACCGCCUCGCAAUCCUCAGCACCCAACUAUCCUGCAUGGCGCACGCGCUGCCGCCCGAGGCCGUCCACGUCAUCGCCAGCUCAGCAACGCACGGAUUCGUGGGCGCUGACAUCAGCGCGCUCUGCUCUGAAGCUGCCGUGGCAGCCCUGCGACGAAUCGUGGGGGAGAAGGAGAGGCAGGGAGGGGCAAGACAAGGGGAGGAGGACCAGGAGGAGGGUAGAGAGGAGGGUAGGGAAAAGGAGCAGGGCUGUUCUGCGGAUAGUGGGGUUGCAAGCGGUGCAGAAGGCUCGUGUGCGGUGCAGCUGGCGGUGUGCGAGGAGGACUUUGAAGUGGCCCGGCGACGCAUCCGGCCCAGCGCCCUCAGAGAGGUAUCAGUGCAGGUGCCAACAGUGCGGUGGACCGACAUCGGAGGGCUGGAGGGAAUAAAGCAGCGCCUCAAGGAGGCGAUGGCAGUGGAGGUACCCACUGUGCGGUGGAGCGAUAUCGGGGGACUCGAAGGGGAUAAAGCGAAGGCUCAAGGAGGCAGUGGAGUGGAGCGGACGUACCCCCGGGCACAUGGCUGUAUGUGUCUCUUCCGACCCCCCACACACACCCCCACCCAACAGAUGGCAGUGGAGGUACCCACUGUGCCGUGGAGCAAUAUCGGAGGACUCGAAGGGAUCAAGCAGCGGUUGAAGGAGGCAGUGGAGUGGCCGUACACGCGUGCACAUGAGAUGAGAGCCAUUGGCGCCACCCCUCCGCGUGGGCUGCUGCUCUACGGACCCCCGGGCUGCAGCAAGACGCUCUUAGCUAAGGCAGUAGCAACAGAAGCAAGGCUCAACUUUCUUGCAGUCAAGGGUCCCGAGCUGUUAUCCAAGUGGGUGGGCGAGUCCGAACGAGCUGUCCGAACCUUGUUCUCCCGAGCCAAGGCAGCAGCUCCGGCGAUCGUGUUCUUUGAUGAGAUAGAUGGGCUGGCAGUGGCACGCAGCAAAGCAGGAGGAGGAGCAUCGGGAGGUGUUGGGGACAGAGUGAUGACUCAGCUGCUGCUGGAGAUGGAUGGUGAGUGGCUGUGCGUGGGUCAUAAUCGUUCAGUUAUUACUCUCAACGCUGCCAGCAUGUGGGAGGGCCAUCGGGAGGCGUGGGGGACAGAGUGA